CCCGCCACCACCACCACCACCACCUCUCCUCCUUCUCGCCUCGCCUCGCCUCGCCGCCGGUAGAGCCAUGGAUUCGGCGGCCAGGCUCCUACUCCUUCUUCCGCUCCUCCUCCUCCGCAUCUCCCUCGCCGCUGCUUCCCCCAACGCUCCGCUCGCUGUUGCUCUGGUUGAGGUUCGCUCGGCGGCGGCGUUCGACCGCGCGCGGCCACCGACGCCAUGCACCGCGCCAUCCUCGCCGGGAAGGAUCACCACUGCGCCAAGUCGCGGCAGGUUGGCGGGGAGCGCGGCGGGAACGGGGAGCGCGGCGACGGCUGGUAGUGGCGGCGACGCUGAGGCCGCCAACGCGACGCGGACUACAUCGGACGCGGCGACGGGGAGCGACAAGGCCGCGAGGAACAACCCGACGACGACGACGACGACGACGGCCGCGACGACGACGACGACGACGGGUGGCGACGACGCUGCGGCACCUGCGCCUCCUCCUUCCCCGGGCAAGGCGUUCUCGACCACCAGUGACACCACGAGUGCGAGCGCGACCGGUACCGCAGCCUCCGCAUCGGUGGGAGCAGGGAGCGUCGCCCACGAGUCCUCAAGCCGCUGCGCCACGUUCGCCGAGCAGCGCGCGCCCACGACGAACAAACCUACGAGCCGAGCGCCAUCGGCAGCUGUCCGCGACGACGGCUACGCUACACCAGCCACCGCGCCCGUGGGAGCUGUCCACGACGCCGGCGACGCCACACCAGCCGCCGCGCCCGUGGGGACCGCCAUGAAUACGGCACAGAGAGGUGCGAAUACUUCGCUGGGAGUGAUUCGGGAAGCUCCAACUAUGAUGUUGAUAUUCGCUGCUGCUCUACUCACAUUGGUUGUUAUCAGAGGUGGCAGGAGGAUGGGGGCAGGAGGUCAGAAUCAGCGGGGUGAUGAGGAGGAAGAUCAGACUAAGUGUCUUGUCUGCAAAUUCGAGGAUCCCGUGUUCCGCCUCGCCUGCUGCAACAAGGUCCUCUGCAACCUCUGUCUCAGGGAUUUUGUCAGGACAAUGCAUGGUGAGUGCACCCGCGGCCUCAGCGCCGGCUGCAUCCUCUCCCUGCGGCCCCCGGAGAGCUUGCCGGUGGGUGUUGAUCUCAAUCGGGCUACUCCCUAUCAGCAUGUUCCCGAGUUCCCUCCCUGGUAUUUCUCGUCGGCGGUGAAGAAGAAUAGCAGGGUACAUCUGUUCUACUACAACGUCAAGGAGCUGGAGGAAGGCAGAGAGCCUACGGUCACGGAGGUCAUCCAUGUCUUGUACCCUCCUCCCGCCCCCAUGUCACCGCCGAUCGUCACGGUCUCUGCUACCAAGAGACCAUUCUGGGAGCUCUAGGCAGUACAUGCGUACGAGAGUAGCAUAGCAGCCAUCCCAUGCUCAGACUUCUGGCUUUGCCCCUACAUUAGCACUACACUCACUUGUGAAGUUGUGAAUUUGCCAAGUCACCUCUCUCCAUGAUUGAUUCACAAAUGAUAAACCCAUCAGCAUGAUAUUGUCUGGGAUUAUUACUUUUGAUAUGUUUUGAUCAGCGGAUGAACAAAACAAGAUCGUUUGCUUCAGAAAAAGUUAGUCCCAGAUUUC